CAUGUCAAUUAUGUCAAAUUAAAUUCACAAAACAUUGCCCUCAUUUUAGCGUUGCGUAUAUUUUUAUUGUUGACGAAAUAAAUAACCCAUAUAAACAGAAGCAAUACAACUAUUUUUCCGUGCCCUUAGACAUAGACACAAUCCGCCAAGAUGACGAUGAGACCAGACGAUCAUCGUAGAAAAUGGGACAAGGAUGAAUUCGAAAGAAUUGCAGCAGAUCGGUUAAAAGCUGAAAUAGAAGAAGAAGAACGUGCUAAAAAGAAAGCCCCACCUAUAAAGAGAGAGCUCCUCAAACAACGAGACUAUAAAGUUGACUUAGAUUCCAAGCUUGGUAAAAGCGUUGUGAUCACAAAGAACACACCCACCUCGCAGUCCGGAGGUUACUACUGCAAUGUCUGUGAUUGUGUUGUCAAAGAUUCUAUCAACUUUUUGGACCACAUCAAUGGCAAAAAGCAUCAACGUAAUCUUGGCAUGUCCAUGAAAAUUGAAAGGAGUUCCUUGGAUCAGGUCAAAGCACGAUUUGCAAUGAACAAGCGUAAACUAGAGGAAAAGAAGCGUGAAUAUGAGUUAGACACCAGACUGAGAGAAGCAGCGGAAGAAGAAGCCAGGGUUAAGGAACAGCGUCGGGAACGACGUCGUGACAAGAAGCGCAAGCUCAUGGAGUCUGAGGAUCCUGAAGAUAGUCCAGCACAGUCUGAACUGGCCCAGAUAAUGGGUUUCUCCGGCUUUGGAGGGUCCAAGAAGUAAUGUAGUAGGUUUAGUUAAUAAUGGUCUUAAUUAAAAUGUGUUUAAUAUUUCAA